AUGUCAUCUACCACCCCACGCCAGACCGGAAAGGUCAAGUUCUUCAACACUCAAAAGGGCUUUGGAUUUAUCAUCCCUUCUAAGAGUACCGAAGCUGAACCUGUCGACGAGGUCUUUGUCCACCACACAGCGAUCCAGAACGAUGGAGGGUUCAAGUCUUUAGCCGAGGGAGAAGAGGUCGAGUUUGAUCUAGUUCAAGGCACCAAAGGCGUGCAGGCGUCCAACGUCACCGGUCCAAAGGGAGCUUCUGUCAUCGGUGACCAAAGCUACAAUCAAAUUGGAUUCAACAGCAACAAUAGCAGCAACUCGACCUUCGGAAACACCAACACCCAGGCGCGAUUUGGUGGGAGAAACGCCAGUGGUGGAUAUGGCAUCGGCUUUGGUGGAUUUGGCGGACAGAACUCAUAUGGAGGUGGAUAUGCGAACAUUGGCAACACGCCCUAUGGUAGCCAAGGAUUGGGUGGUCAACAGGGCUAUGGCCAAGGCUACGGUCAGGGAUACGACCAGCAGCAGCAGUAUGGGUAUGGGGUAAGCGCUGGAUAUCCUCCUGCGCAGCAAACCAGCCAGUAUCGAUUUGGAUCUGGAUACUUGCAGGGCUACAACGGCGGAGCAGGAGGUGCAGCAGAAGGAGGAGGAGGCACUCAUGGCAGUGGACUCCAGGGUCAGGCGGGCGGUCACUCGACAUCUCCGGGACAGACCUCUUCCACUGGUCAGCGCGGAAAAUGGAAUGGCGCCUCUGGAGCCUCUCUCCGCUAA